UUUGUCAUCAUUUUUGUUCAAGUAAUUCAUUCAAACAGAAAAAAAUGUUGAAAAUUUAUCAACCACAAUCAUCACUGGUCAUCACUAUUUGGACCAAAAUGAUAAGAUUAUUUUUAUUAAUAACAUUAUUACUGUCAAUCAUAACGAUUGUAAAUGGUCUACAACAAUCAUCUACAACGGUAACCUCAUCAUCAUCGGAUGAUGAUUCUGAUCAAAUGACCGAUCAAAUGAAACAAAUGCGUCGUAAUGAAGUAUCGAAAGCAUUAUUAUUGUUGAAAAAACAUUCAAUUGUUGGUAGUAAUGCAAAAAUUGUAUUGAAAAAUAAUGGCCGACAUUUAUUAGUGGAUCCAAGUGAACGAAUACGUAUUGUAUCGAGUCAUUUAUCGAAAAAAUCAUCAUCAUCAUCAUCAUCAUCAUCACCGAAAUCAUCGAAAUCAUUCAAAUCAUUGAAUCAUAAAAAAGAAAGUCAUAAUAAAAUUGAAAAACAACGAACAAAAAAAUCAAGCCGUACUAAUCGAAAAGCAUCAACCACUAAUAAUGCCUCAUCAUCAUCAUCAUCAUCCAAUUCAAAGGAUCAAUUAAGCAAGGCUUCAAGAUCAAUACCGUCAAUUAGUGUGGAAAGUGUACAACGAAACAUAAUGAGAAGAGCUGCAUCAAAAUCACCAACAGUAAUCGAUUCAUUAAUGGGACAACAUAUGUUGAGAGAUAUAACAAAAAUUGUAACAACAAUCAUACAUAAUAAACAAGCAAGUUCAUUAGUUGAAUUAAGUGAUCUAAUCACUGAAACAUUGAAUGAACGUUAUGGCCAACAUUGGCAUACAAUAUCGGUGGCAAGUCCAAAAGAAUUUCCAAAAUCCGAAGCAACAUCAUCAAAUCAUGAGAUAUUGAUCGAUACAAUAUUAUCGAAUCAAAAUCAAUUAGAUUCGUUGACACAUGUGGCCGUUGAUGAUCAUCAAAAAUCGGCAAUUUUCUAUGUUACAUUUGAUUUUGGACGAAUGUUACGGAUAUUUAUUUUCAAAUAA